CUAAGCCUGCUGCCGCCAAGAAGGCCGCUGCUCCCAAGAAGGCUGCCGCCAGCAAGAAGGCCGAGAAGGCCGAGCCCGCUGCCGAGAAGGCAUAGACUCGUCCCUUUGGGAUGAUGUUAUUGUCUCUUUUUUGCGCCUCGGUCUCUUCUCAUGAUGUCUUUAGUCAUUUUUUCACCACCACUUGCGACGUGACGGGCUUACUCGAAAGGCGUUUGGGGAAUCAUAUUGCUUGGGAACACUUAUCAACAUAAGGGGGGGUUUUCAUUGGUCUACAAGUCAACGCGUUUUGCUCUUUUUCACAACAUCGCCACAGCGCGCGCGGCGAGUAGCUUCUUGUUUCUGGCUUUCAUGUAUCUUGGAUUCACACAUCACUCAUGGGGAUUGAGGAGGUUUGGAUCGUUUGUGCUGAAACGCAACGGAGGGUAGGUUUGGGCUACAACCUAUGGAUGAUUGGGAAAUGGGAAACGGGCGACCGGCGGCUUCGAGGGUGUCUCAAGAAGCGAAGGACAUACACCAAAAAGCCUUAUUUUGGAUACUGCAUUGCAUAUAUAAUCCGUCUUGGAACGAUACCACUUUUUUUUCUUCAAAUACCCUGAGCAAGCGCU